AUGGAUUCCGCUCCCAUAUCUCGUGCCCAAGCCAAUCCUUCGAUAGCUCCUGUACAACUUUCGUUCCUUGCUCCCAAAUCUCCAUACAUGACAAUACAUAUUCAUUUAACAUUUUUUGCAACGUCAACGUUACUGUUCCUCACUACGACCAAUAUCGGGGAGUCUAGUAAUUCGGCUAAGCCGAUGGGAAGCUUCGUCUACGCAAUGCCUGAUUGUACCAACCCAAAAAACACAAUCAGUACACCGCUUUACACGUCACCUUCCAGCCUUGACUAUGCCACACGGACGGCACGGGUUCUUGCUCAGAGAACAUCUAAACCUGUCUAUGUGGGCUGCAGCGUCGACUUUUCGGGAUCGACGAUUGAAGAACAAAUGGAAGGGUUCAAGAAAAUUUUGGAAACAGUGAUGGAAAAAUGGCAACAGAAAGAGGAACAGAAGAAGGUUGCAAAUGCAAGUCAAAGUGCCAAGAUCGCAUGA